AAUGGGGUAAUGUACAUCAAGUGAUGGGGAUCCUCAACCAGCAAGUAGAGCAGUUUUGAAAGCCAAAAUAAGAGAAUUUCCUAAUAUUGACUUUUAUAAAGGGGACUAUCCAAUUAAUUUGCAUCCUUCAGUGAGUUUUCAUCAAAAACAUUGGAUGAAUAAUCCCCAAAAUCAUUAAUUGACUAAAUUUUACUCUGAUCUUGAAUCAGACAAAUAAUAUAUGCAAUGGUUAUAUCCUAAUUUCUUUUAAUCAUUUUUAAAUAUGAAUAGCUACAGAUUAACACCCUAAGAGAGGAAUAAAUUUUUGCAAGAUCCUGAAGUACUUUUUUAUGUAUAUUAAGAUUAUGAAAGUAUACAAAUAAAAUGUUGGAAUGUUUCUUAGAUUUCUUGGAAUUAUUAGAAAUGAAAGAUAAUAAUUAGAGAUAAUUGAUGAGACAUAAUUUGAUUAGUGUCUUUUUACUUAUACUCAUAAUUUAAAUAGAAUCUAAAGAUUUAUUUCGUCAAUGAGCGUUUUGGGAAUGAGAGAAGAAGCUUUAGAAUUUUUGCAUUUAUUACAAAAUAAAUUGAGCAAAAAACAUAAAGUCUAUAUAUCUAAAUUUUCAGGAUUUGAACCACUUUUAGAAGAAGGAGCAUUGGAUUCAACAUAAUUGAGGUAUUAAUAAUUUCUUAUUUAUAGUGAUCCAAAUAAUAAAAAAAGUUUUGCGGAAUAUAAAAGUAAUUAUGUUUAGGAAGAUUUACAUGAAGAACCAUGGGUAACUGUUGUAAUUUUGACAAAAGAAGCAAUUGAAAUUUCUUAAUAAGAAAACUCUAUAAAUGAGAAAGAAAUUGUUUGA